CCAUUAUUCCACUCUCACAAUGAACAAUAACGAUCCCAACCUCUCCCAAACAUCCGACGCCGGUGACACCAAGUACAGAGGAGUACGGCGGCGCAAAUGGGGUAAAUGGGUUGCCGAAAUCCGUCUCCCCAAUAGCCGAGACCGUAUUUGGCUCGGUUCUUACGACUCACCCGAGAAGGCGGCUCGAGCGUUUGACGCUGCUCUUUUCUGCCUCCGUGGACCUCACGCCAAGUUUAACUUCCCUGACCAACCACUGCCCGACAUUGUCAACGCUCAUUCCCUUACUGCCCAUCAGAUUCAAGAGUUGGCUGCUAAGUUUGCUAAUGAAUAUCAUCAAAACGACGUCGUACCUCCUGAUCCACCUACUGAGGAGGACAAAUGUAGAAAUUCACCUUCCUCUUCCAAUACUAAUAUGGAUUGGUCUUUCCUUGAUGCCAUUCAUAACGAAGACCCAGCUCCUGAUUCUUCUUCCUCUUCCAAUUUCUUUCCUUUUUACAAUGACCAUUUUGAUAAUAUCUUAACCAAUGAUUUUUAUCAAUCCACCAACAGCAACGACUUUUACGACGCCGUUUCGGGUGAUGAUGACACUUUCUCCAAUCAACCCUUUCUUUGGAAUUUUUAAAUCCAUUUUAAAAAAAAAAUCAUCAUCAUCAUCAUUAUAUUAUCAAUUAAUUAUUUAGCAAAAGGGAUACCUAUUUAUAUUUUUUUGGGGGGAGCUAAGAAAAUCAAAUUAAAACCACCCUUAUUAAUCUAUUCUCCGCAAGUUCUACGUAAAAGAACCUUUAUUUUUGAAGUUUAGGGUUCUUUUAUUUCCGGGGAAAGGAAGAGAAAUAAAGAUUCUUUUUUUUUUUCCUCAUCUUUUUUGAGUCAAGAAUUUGAGUA